AUGGACUCAAAACAAUCAGCCGCCUCCGAUGAGGAGGACGACUACAUGAACAUGACCUUCGACGAACCCCCACCAACAUCAUCCCGCGGCGCAGAAACGUCCCUCCAACGCCGCCAGCGACUCAAGCGCGAAGGCGAAAUCAAAGGACGCGUCAAAUCCAAAGCAGAACUCGCGGCCGAGGAGGAAGAGACCCGCGAAAAGGCCCUCUCGCGCUCCCUUCUCGACGACGCAGCCGCCAAGAAGAGCAAGGGCCUCGCUAUGAUGGCCAAGAUGGGCUUCAAAGGCGGCGCGCUGGGCUCCGGCGACGGCACGGCGCGGACGGAGCCGAUCGCCGUGGAGAUCAAGGACGGUCGCGGGGGUAUCGGCAUGGAGAGCGAGAGGAAGCGCAAGCUGCGAGAGGCGGCGGAGAAGUUCGAGGAGGAGGUGAAGGAGGGGAAGAGGGUCAAGGUCGAUCCGCUCGAGUACCGCGACCGCGUACGGCAGGAGAGGGAGGCGGCGAGGGUGCAGAGCCAGGUGUUCGCGGCGCAGAGGAUUGCGGAGAGGAUGGCGGAGGAGAAGGAGCUCGGGGUUGGCGACAGCGAGGUUGUGGAGGGCGCGGAGGCGGAAGAGAGGAAGAAGAAAUUGGCUACGGGGGCCAAGUCGAGGCCGCUCAAGUCCAUCAACGUCCUUUGGCGCGGGCUGGUGAGGCAUCGCGAGGAGAAGGAGAGGGAUCGGAAGAUGAAGCAUGAUCUGGAGCAGAGUCUCUCGCGGCUGCCUACGUACGAGGAUGACUUGGAAGAUGACGACGAUCGAACGGCUUUGGGGAAGAAGCAAACUAUAUACGCCACGGCAGAGGAUCUUGACGAGGAGGACCCGGAACUGGACGAAUUCAAUGCGCUAGAGGACGCAGAAAAGCUGCGGCGGCUGGUGGAGUACCUGAGAAAGGAGCACCUGUAUUGCUUUUGGUGCAAGUUCACAUACCCUGAUCAGGAGAUGGAGGGAUGUCCUGGAUUGACGGAGGAGGAUCACGACUAA